GCACUAAUGGACCAAAAAUUGUUGAUAAAUGGGUUUUUCUUCAGCUAGCUCCAUUGAUUUCACUAGGCCUUAAAUUUGUACCAAACUUUCUUGAAGAUUUGGUGUUGCACACUUUCCCUCUACCUUACUUCCUUGUAAAAGGAGAUCAUCAGAAACUAUACAAUGCGUUCUAUAACUCCAUGAAGGAUAUUUUAGAUGAAGCGGAGAAACUUGGGGUUAAAAGAGAAGAAGCUUGUCAUAACUUUAUUUUCCUUGCAGGAUUCAAUUCAUAUGGCGGUAUGAAAGUGUUCUUUCCAUCUUUGAUCAAGUGGAUCGGAACAUCAGGACCUAGUUUACAUACUAGGCUUGUUAAAGAAAUCAGAACCGCGGUUAAAGAAGCAGGAGGGGUAACUCUUUCAGCUAUCGAUAAAAUGCCUCUUGUUAAGUCUGUGGUUUAUGAGACCUUAAGAAUGGACCCUCCAGUUCCGUUCCAAACUGUUAAGGCUAGGAAAAAUAUAAUUGUUUCUAACCAUGAAGCAUCGUUCUUGAUCAAGAAAGAUGAAUUGAUUUUUGGAUAUCAAACAUUGGCUACAAAGGACUCAAAAGUUUUUAAGAACGGGGAGGAGUUUAAUCCAGAUAGAUUUGUGGGAUAUGGGGAGAAGUUGCUUAAGUAUGUGUAUUGGUCAAAUGGUAAGGAGACUGAUAAUCCAACUGUGAACGAUAAACAAUGUCCUGGUAAAGAUUUGAUAGUGUUAUUGGCAAGGCUAUUGGUGGUGGAGUUU